CAUUUACACUACAUUACCCAUGAGGGUCUUGGGUAUUCGUCAGCGUUACGUCAUAUGUUUUCCUCCUCACGCGGUAGGAUCGUCCGUAGACUUCCGAAGCUGAAUCGGGGAAGAUGGCAGACGAGGAGGACUCGGCGCCGGAGCCUGCCGCUGCCUCUCCCCCGGAGAGCCCUCGCAUUGGGCGGCCUCACUUUGUGUCUUUCUCCGAGAGCGUCCAGCCAGCCGUCGGGAUGGUGAGCCAACUGUUAACCCAACCGUCGUCCCUCAAGUUUGACAAAAACAUCAAACAGGCCUUCUAUAACACCGGGGCGAUGAUCUUCGUGGCUAUCUGCUGCGGGGCUGCUGUCCUGGUGUACUUCAUCCUGGAGGCCUUCCUCCGCCCGCUGCUCUGGGCAGUGCUCUGCGGCACCUUCCUCCACCCCUUCAAGUACUCGCUGGCUCGGCUCGGCCGCUCGUGGUUGAGCGGCCUGCAGGACACCGGGACGCCCAUCGUGGUGGGGACCCUGCUGGUCCCGGUGUGGUGUGUGAACUACGGGGUGGAGGCGAUGGGCAGGCUGGUGCUGGAGAGGCUCACGGUGCUGCUGGUGAUCGGGGCCGGCGCUCCGCUGGUCUACUUCCUGUACCUGUUCUGGAGGGUCAUCGGCAUGCAGGUGAUGCUCGGACACGUCUGUGAGAUCAUCGGGGCCGCGCUGGACUGUUUCCACACUGUGUGGGUGUGCACUGUGGUUGUGGGCUACAUGUUGGCGGUUUGUUUCAAGUGGAGUCCUCACACCGAACACUACCUGAGGGCUCUGGCUCUUCCUGUCUGGGCUGUCCUGCUCUUCUACAUCGUGUCUCUGACUGGCUCAUGGAGAGUGCCCAUAUUUGUGGUUGUGGUUAUACUUCUCAUCGUGGGCUCUCAACAGAAGCCACCUGACCCUGCCAGAGGAGAGCUGUCAGGGCAGGUGUUGUCAUUUGCUGCUAACACUUUUUACAUGGCGAUCUCCUGUAGCAACCUUCAGUCCAAAACUGAGCCCGGUGAAAACUCUGGUGCAGAUGGCGUGGACUCUGUGGGUCCCGGCCCCAUCCCUGCCACGCCUGGCUUCCCUCGGGGCUCUCGUUCAUUACCGGGCGGCCUCUUCCAGAAAGAGAAGAGCUCCCAGAGAGCCAGUGAUAUCUACUUUAUUCUGCUGGUCUGGGCCAUAGUCCUGGUUCAGAUCUGGCUCAACCUCUGGAUCCUACAACUGCUUCCUAUCCCAGUGGCCGUGUGGAUGCUGAAGAAGCUGGUGGUCCACUUUGGCAUGAAGAGCUUUAUUAAGCGGACUCUCACCGCGUGGUGGGCGGUGCUGGAGAAGUUUGGACGUGAGCGAGAGGAGGCCCUGCUGCCUGGACCAAUCAAAGGCCUGGCUCAGUUCCUGCUGCGUACUGACACUAAGAUGAUUGUGUGGUUGGAGCGAUCUCUGGAUAAAAUCAUCAGCAUCUUCAUCAUCAUCCUCCUGGUCACAGGGACACUGCUCAUGGCUCUGCUGCUCACCGCAAUGGUUCAUCAUGAAAGUGUUCACAUUAUUAAUGUAACCAGUAACCUCAUCAACGAGACUGUCUCCAACCACCCAGAAUGGGCAAAUUGGCUUCCAGAGGCUUGUGUGGUCCAGAAGGCUCUGAAUUCAGCUGCUACUAAUGUCUAUCAGCAUGGGAGAGAAUGGAUAACACACCGGCUCCAUAAGAUGUUAGGAGACAAGGCGAACCACACAGCUGUGAUUGAAAAGCAGGUUUUGGAGCUUUGGGACAGACUCUACCACUCCUGGUUUGUGAAGAACGUGACCCACUCCGGACGCCAUCGUGGUCAUAAGUCGCUGAUUAGACACAACAGCUGGUUAGUGGACAUCCUGGACUGGAAGGACAUUGCUGCCUUUCUGCAGGAAAAUAUUGAGACUCUGCUGUCUAUCCUGGAGUCUCUUUGGGUGGUGAUGAGUAGGAACGUUGGCCUCCUCUUCUCCACAGCAACCACUCUCUUCACCGUCUUGUUCCACAGCGGCACGGCUCUGCUCAACUUUGCCCUCAGCCUGGUAAUUUUCCUGACUACACUCUUCUACCUGCUGAGCUCCAGUGGAGAAUACUACAAACCUGUCAAAUGGGUGAUCAGCCUGACACCCCUCUCCCAGCCAGGACCCUCCUCUAAUAUCAUAGGCCAGUCUGUAGAGGAGGCUAUCAGAGGAGUGUUUGAUGCCUCUCUGAAAAUGGCCGGUUUCUACGGCCUCUACACUUGGCUCACUCACACCAUCUUUGGCAUCAACAUCGUCUUCAUUCCUUCUGCUCUGGCUGCCAUCCUGGGCGCGGUGCCGUUCCUGGGGACCUACUGGGCAGCGGUGCCAGCUGUGUGCGACCUGUGGCUGGCGCAGGGCGAAGGCGUCAAGGCCGUGCUGCUCCUCAUAUUCCAUCUACUUCCAACAUACUUUGUAGACACAGCCAUCUACUCUGACAUCUCUGGGGGUGGACACCCCUAUCUGACAGGUCUGGCGGUGGCUGGAGGAGCAUACUAUCUGGGUCUGGAGGGAGCCAUCAUCGGUCCCAUCCUCCUCUGCAUCCUGGUGGUGGCGGCCAACAUCUACAGCGCCAUGCUGAUGAGCCCCAGCUCUGCAGUGCCUACACCGGUGCAGAGCAGCCGGCCUCUGCACCCCCUCAGGAGCUUCUCAGAGUCCACCCCCUCUGUCCUGCAGAAGACCAGUGAGUGAAAGCAAGAGGGUGUGUCCUUGUGGAACAUCAUCUGGCUUCCUAUUGGCUGAUUCCUCAGGGGAAAAGGCUCCCCUCCCUAUCCUGCCCCUGCUCCGUAGGGUCGGCCCCCCCUGACCAAGAAGAGAUGGCGGCGUAAUGACUGGCUACCCACAAUGCCGUCUGCUCACCAGAGCUGAGCGAUAUGGCACUUGCUGCUCUCAUUCAACCUAAAAUCACAAAUGCGAGCGUAGAUCCUAAACCUAAACUUGGACCAAUGACAUGACAUUGGGCUUAAUGAUUAUGAACAGGGGAGACAUUGAUACUAAUCACAUCAUCUCUCAGAACUCAGUGCCUCAAUUUAUUUUAUAAUGUUGACAAAUGCCUAAAAAUUAUUGUGUAAUUUGUGGCGAAUUGUGAGAUGAUAUAUUUUAUCUAUAAAGCCCCUGAUUUCCACUCUGCACACCCUGGCUGUUUUAAAACUACAGUAUUUGGUCAUGCAGUAUUUGUACUCCCUACCUCUCUCCUCACGGAGGCUCACGUAGAGUCUGUAGUGACGAUAAAGACGUACUGAACACUUCUUGCCAUAAACGUUCUCACUGUCUGGCUCAAGAGAAGGAGUUAAUCACUGUUUUUAGUUCCCUCGCUCUCCUGGACCAGACUUUCAUCCAGGAAAUCUCUACCACUGUUUUACUUUUUUUUUUUAAAGAAUCCACAUGGUUGAAUCAUAGCAAACGUCACUGCUUACUUUUAAUGGAUACAUGCUUCUGACAUGGCAGGUUUAGAUUGAUGAGAAUGACUUUAAUGGAUCAGAUUGGUCCAAGACCGGAGGAUUAUCGAGGGAUUCUGUCUUUACAUUUAAUUUAUCUCAAGCUUAAGUUUAUUCUUUAACACACUGUGAGUGCAAAUACAAACAACUACACCUUUUUAUUUUUUUUACAUGCUUAGCACAUCUGUCAGUAUUGAUGCAUGUUUACACUCAGAAUAUCUCGAUAUCGACGAGGUCGGCUGAGUAUUUUUCUGAGUAUGCUCAAGUUUCAUAACUGUGACACUGUCUCCAUCAUGACUAAUCUGUAGUUUCAAUAUCAAAUACAUUAGAAAUGUCUUUAUUUUUUCUACUCACCUCAUCUGUUCUUGCACUUUCCCCACUCCAUACUUUAAACUACAGAGAGCACUUUUCUGAAAGCAGAGUACAAAGUAGUUUAUGUCGCUGGAAGCUUUAAUGAAGAAGCGGUACAGAUGAGUUGUAUUUGUAAAGCGACACAUUUAUCAUACAUGGCUACUGUGUUAGCUGCCUGAGGGUGGGAGGGUUGUAUGUGUUCUGGGUCGGGUUAGAACAAGCGUUUGGUUUCACUGUUUAACUAAAUGAUUGUAGUUUUUAUUUGAUACUGUUGCCAUGUUUGUUUUUUUAAAGUACUGGAUAUGCACUGACCCAAUAAACAUUACCAUUUAAACAA